UCCUCCCGUACAAGAAAGCAAAGCAGUAGGAGCAGUAUUUGGUCUCUCCGACUUCCUCAGCUCUCUCUCUGCUACCUAUCUGUGAGUCUGUGACCCUCUUCCCUUCCCCACUAGGCGUUGCUAUUUUCCUCAAGGAUGGAUCAGUCGAUACAGAAUGACCUUAAUGCCCCUCACUCCAUGGGCACCACCAUCAUCGGCGUCACCUACAAUGGCGGCGUCGUCCUCGGCGCCGAUUCUCGUACCAGCACUGGUGUUUAUGUUGCGAAUCGAGCAUCCGACAAGAUCACUCAGCUCACUGAUAAUGUCUACUUGUGCCGCUCCGGAUCGGCUGCAGAUUCUCAAAUUGUGUCUGAUUACGUGCGUCACUUUCUCCAUCAACACACGAUACAGCUGGGCCAGCCUGCAACAGUCAAGGUUGCUGCAAACCUUAUCAGGUUGUUCGCAUACAAUAACAAGAAUAUGCUACAAACUGGCAUGAUUAUUGGUGGUUGGGACAAGUAUGAAGGAGGUAAAAUAUAUGGAGUACCACUCGGAGGGACAAUUUUAGAGCAGCCUUUUGCUAUUGGAGGAUCUGGCUCCACUUAUCUGUAUGGUUUCUUUGAUCAAGAGUGGAAGGAAGGAAUGACCAAAGAGGAAGCUGAGCAAUUGGUGGUGAAAGCAGUUUCCCUCGCUAUUGCUCGAGAUGGUGCUAGUGGUGGUGUCGUUCGAACUGUCACUAUAAAUUCAGAGGGGGUGACGAGAAACUAUUAUCCAGGCGACACCCUUCCGCUCUGGCAUGAGGAGCUUGAACCCCAGAAUUCUUUGCUGGAUAUCUUGUCAUCAUCGUCAUCUGGUCCGGACAUGAUGAUAAGUUGAAGAUUGUGGUCUCCCGUAAGACUAGGUAAACCCCAGAGAUACCAUGAACGAUACGCUUCCUCUUGCCCUGGUCUUCACUGCGGGGAUUUCAGUCUGUACUCCGAAAGUUGUACUUGACAGUUUCAGAUUACCAUCUCAUAUUUGAUUGAACUUAUCUUGCUGCCUGCUCGAUAAGUAGUUUAUAAAAGAAUUUGACUGGAUCCCCUUGAAAUUGUUACUAUUACAUUUGUAGGAUCAUUUGAUCUCAAAUUUGAAGUGACUUGUUCCAUAUUA